GUAGACACAAUUCAAGCCUCGUCCAGUGUUAAGGUGGAUUUUCCACAUACAAGACCGAAUAUGAAAGCUCCGAUUUGCCAUUUGGCCCUUCUAGUGGUAUAUUUAGUUCAAUCAGCAAAAGCUGCUUGCGAUGUAGCGAGUGUAACGACUGCAAGUGGAACCGCGUAUAAUCCACCCUCAAUGUUGUGUCCGGGAGAUUUAAUUUUCGAGGAUAAUUUUGAUACUUUUGAUGAAAGCAAAUGGAUGCAUGAAGUUACAAUGGCUGGCGGUGGAAACGGGGAGUUUGAAUAUUACCGCAACAGUCGAACGAACAGUUUUGCACAAGAUGGUAAUUUGCAUAUUAAACCAACUUAUCUGUCGGAAGACUACAGCGAAGACUUCUUGUACUCUGGAACACUGGAUAUUACUGCCGAGUGCACCAAUUCAGAUAAUAAUGGCUGUUUGCGUACGGGAACUUCGACUAACAUUCUAAACCCCAUUGAAAGUGCAAGAAUUCGGACCCUGGGAACAUUCUCCUUUAAGUAUGGAACAGUGAUAGCCAGAGCCAAACUACCAGGAGGAGAUUGGCUUUGGCCCGCCAUUUGGCUAUUGCCGACUGAUUGGAAGUAUGGAAGCUGGCCAGUAUCUGGGGAAAUAGAUUUGGUGGAAAGUCGUGGAAACAGAGAACUAACAGAUGGUUCAGGAUUCAAUUUUGGCACUCAACUGGCUUUUAGUACUCUUCAUUGGGGACCCUCACCUUCUGAGAACCAAUACGCCAGAACACACUGGGAAAGAAGCAACGGCGCUGGAUACAACAACGACUUCCAUACCUACAAAGUUGUUUGGAACCCGGAAGGUUUCCUCUUCUACAUUGAUGAUGAGUUGUUGGGUACCCUGAAUCCUCCAGCUGGAGGCUUUUGGGAGUUGGGAGAAUUCCAAAAUAGUGGCGAAACGAAUCCCUGGUCAUCUGGAUCAAAGAUGGCUCCCUUUGACGAACAGUUCCACUUGAUAAUUAAUUUGGCUAUUGGAGCAACCAACGGUUAUUUCCCUGAUGGCACCAAUAAUGCCGGAGGCAAACCAUGGAGCAACGAUUCACCCACUCCAAUGACUGAUUUUUGGAAGGGAAAAACUCAAUGGGAACCCACAUGGAAUCGGGAUACUGACGAGUCCCAUUUAAUUGUUGAUUAUAUUCAAGUGUUUGCGGCUUAAUGGAAAUAUAGAUGGUUUUGAUGA